CCGGUUGGCAGUUAAUCAGCUAUGCCUAAUUCGGUAAAGAGGAAAUAAUCUCUCUUGACUCCUGUUUGUUAUUGUGCUACCCAAACAACUAGGGUUUAAACCCUAAAUAAUUCUAAUCAUGUCUGGGAUGUACGGUCAAGAUGGCGGUGGUGGCUACGGAGGUGGCGGAGGUUAUGGAGGAAGGGGCGGAGGAGGAGGAUUCGGCGGUCGAGGUGGCGGGGGUGGUUAUCAUGGUGGAGACCGCGGCGGACGAGGUGGCGGCCGUGGCGGUCGCGGCGGUGGUGGAGGUGGUAGAGAUGGAGAUUGGCGUUGUCCAAACCCAAGUUGUGGAAACUUGAACUUUGCGAAAAGGGUUGAAUGCAACAAAUGUGGUGCUCCAUGUCCUACUGGGUCUAAUGAUCGCGGCGGUGGAGGUGGUGGUUAUAAUAGAGGGGGAAGUGGUGGGGGAUAUGCAAAUAUUCGUGGGGGAAGCAGUGGUAGGGGUAAUUACAGUGAUGGUAGGGGUGGGGGAGGCAGUAGGGGUGGUUCAUACGCUGGUAAUCAAGCCAGAGACGAUGGUGUAUAUGGCCAAGUCCCUCCUCCUGCGGCUCAAUAUGGUGGUGGAGGAAACUAUCCAUCCAAUUACAUUUCUUAUGGUGGGGAUGCGAGUUAUGGAACCGAAGCUGUUCCUCCUCCUGCAAGCUACACUGGUGGCCCUACAUCAUAUCCUCCAUCAUAUGGGGGUCAUAGUGGUGCUGGGAAUAAUCUUGGGGAUGGGCGUGCUGGUGUUAGGGCUGGGCAACCUGGUGCAUAUGACAGUGGGUAUGGUGCUGGUGGUCGAGGUGGGUAUGGUGGAGCUCCUGCUGACCCCCCAGCUAAGGUGAAGCAGUGCGAUGAGAAUUGUGAUGAUUCUUGUGACAACUCUAGAAUCUACAUAUCAAACUUACCACCAGAUGUGACUAUUGAUGAAUUGAGGGAACUUUUUGGAGGCAUUGGACAAGUUGGAAGAAUAAAGCAGAAAAGGGGCUAUAAAGAUCAGUGGCCUUGGAACAUAAAAAUAUACACUGAUGAGAAAGGAAACAACAAGGGUGAUGCUGCCCUUGCUUAUGAAGAUCCAUCUGCAGCACAUUCUGCGGGCGGUUUUUACAAUAAUUAUGAUUUAAGGGGCUACAAAAUCAAUGUUAUGAUGGCAGAAAAAUCUGCACCACGGGCUCCACCUGCAUACAACCAUGGAGGCAACAGGGGUGGCUAUGGUGGAGAUAGACGCCGAGACAAUUAUGGAGGUGGUUCUGGACCUGAUAGGCGUGAUAAUUAUGGUGGGAACCGUUCGCGUCCAUACUGAGAGUUUCCGAAGUGAACCUUUUAUGUACUAAGAUUUGUUGUCUGAGGGAUUUGUUGUAUACGCUGGAAUCUUGAAAUGGAAGCAAAGAGGUAGGUUGUUCACUUACUCUGAGCAAGAGACCUCUUUGCUAUUUUCUCAUGUGACUCGCUGGUAGGUUUUUCUCCUUUAGGCAGGGAUUAAUUUGAUAGUGUGCAUGUUUUUAUAGAGGCAAGUGGAUAGUCUUCAAAUGGCUUGCUGCUAUGUAGGUUGAUUGUUUCAGGUGAGUGCCGCUUUCAUGCUUAAUACUUGAUUGGUAUUUGUACCUUGCAUACCUGGUUGGCUGGUUCAUGUGGCAUUUGAUACAAUCAGUUUGGGGUAUUAUGGGGAUCCUACAUUUCAAAUAGUUUUAUAGUCCAAUAAAAAUAAAAGAUUAUUUUAAUAA